CUUCCUGCGGGUGCCUUCAUCGAACGACGGAUCGCUGGAUUCUCUAACCUGUGAAGUAUUGGUCAACUAUCGACAGCGUUUCUUGUUAUUUUUCGCUUCGGUAGCAAUCUUCCCCGUAUAUUUUCCGGAUAGAGGAUCAUCUUAGCCUUUGUGUGCUAAUCAGCCGUGCUUGUUUUCUGUCUCUUCACCUGGUGUCAGAGUUCGUCCGACGCUUGCGCGCUAUGAUCGGAGUGAGAGUGCCAGCGGUGUACUCGCGACGUUUCGCACUAGUCGCGUUGUGCGCAUGCCCACUGUACUAAUCUGCAGACCCCUAUUAUAAUAAAGAAAUAUUCAAGUCGCUUAAUCCCACAGUUCCUGCCAAGUACUUGUCUUCAGUACACUUAAGGAACCACACAUUACCCUCUCUUUUUCUUUCUUUUUGUUCCCCUUAAACGGAGAACUGAUAAAUCAGCGCGAAAGACUUGCAAGAAAACGUGAGGCCCGCACAGGCGUUGACUCGGUUGUUAUUAAUGUCGAGCCAAUUUGCCCAAGCUCCGAAAUAACUUGUUCUUGGGCAAAUUGGUUGAUAUCUGGGGACACCAUUCUAGCGCAAAUAAAACAAAGAGUAGACCAGACAUCACGGGUGCAUCAUAUAGAGAACGCGUGAUGUUCGGUCUUCUGUUCUUUGUUUCAUCUGAGCGACGAUGUCUCGCAACAACUACACGCCAGCUUCCAUCACGGUGAAGGGAUGAAGAGACCUUGAUAGGCGUAUCUCAAAGUGUCACUUAUGUAUUCAUGGCGACACGAAGCUCAUUUCUACCUCUUCGCAAAGCUUUUGCAGGCCGAUGUCACUCCUGCGAUUCCUGGCACAACGUUAGAAGAUGAGCCCCAUGGCGAUCGUAGCCUUGCUGCGCAUGUUGCGGCGCCAGUGUCGGCUGGUGCCGGCCCUCAGGGCGCUUCUUCUGUGCAGCGCAGGCCACUGCCUGUGGACUUUCCUGUCACCUUCAGCAGGUUCGCGAUCGCCCGGCGACCGAUGGGAGCGGCCAGUUCCGAUAGGUCAUCGCAUUCACACCGCGGGAUGCACGCUGCCCCGGUUCGAUCCAUUCGACCCGACCGUCAAGCCUUUCAUCCGGCGCCGCUUCGAGCACGCGAAGUGUUCCGGAAAGCCUAACUUCCUCACCAUCAGGCAUGGUUUCCCGACUAUACUUCCAGAGAAACUGGAGGAGCACAGAGUCCUUCCUGAAGAACUCACGUGCUUCUACAGGGAAAUCUACCGAAAUGAUUCUCUAAAUGUUCCAGACAGAGUGUAUCUGUUCGGGCCCAGAAGAACACUGUCCUUUGAAGAGGCACUGAAACAGGAGUUUGUAUUCGUAGAGUGUGUCACAAAGAAGUCCCCGAAGAGGCCCUUUCAUGACCAGUUUCUUCUGAACCCACUCCUUAAAAGGAACGUCGAGAAGCGCUGCCGAAACUCGCGUGAAAGGACGCCCCACAACCUCAGCGUUUUAAUGCUUGGUCUCGACGCCGUGUCGCACCUUAACUUUGACAGGCACCUUCCGGAGACUGGGAGGUUUGUGCGGCAAAAACUCGGCGCUUUCGAACUUCAUGGAUAUAACAAAGUUGGGGAGGACAGCUACCCGAACCACAUGGCCCUCCUCGCUGGUCUCAAGUACCACGAAGCGGACAAAGCGGCUCAGGCCGGAUUCUACGACAACCUCAAUCCCUCGUUGAUCUGGCGUAAAUAUGCUGCGCGGGGUUACAGGACCAUGUUUCUCGAGGAGUGGACGCAGUAUUCUUUGUUUAGCAGCUUCCAAAGGAAAGGUUUUCGGCACGCGCCGACUGACUAUUAUCUGCGACACGCCAUCAUGCUAAUGGAGGAGCUAGCCAAGAACACUGAAGAAGAACUGCGGGUAAGCUGCUUGGGACCCACUAUGCCGUCCGAAUUGCUGCUAGAAUACCUUGCCACCUUUGUGAACGUCAUGUCGGAGCGACCUUUCUUCGCCUAUGCCUGGUUCACCGAACUAACGCACGAGUGGCUCAACAACGCAGCGUAUGCGGACGCACCUUUCCGGCGACUGCUCGAAGAUCUGCACGCUUCCGGCGCUCUCAACCACACGGUUCUUGUGUUCCUCAGCGACCACGGAUUGCGCUUCGGCGACGUGCGCACCACGUACAUCGGAAGGCUCGAAGACAUCCAGCCGUUCGCCUUCCUCGUCUUUCCGCCGUGGUUCCUAGAGAAGAACCCCGAGGCUGCUCGGAAUCUUCGUGUCAACCAGCGCCGCCUGACGACGCCCUUCGACGUCCAUGCGACGCUCGUCGAGCUGCUCGACUAUCCCGUCAGCAAGCGACCGCGCACCGACUACGGACUGAGCUUGUUUAACGAGAUUCCGGAGGAGAGGACGUGCAGCGAUGCGUUCAUCAAGCCUCAGUGGUGCGCGUGCAGUGUGUGGGACGUUGCUGCCGUGCCCGGUGCGCUGGCCAGGGCACUGGCUGAAAGGCUUGUUGCUCGUGUCAACGGGGCGUUAGCGCGAGCAUCGCGAAACUGCGCUGAGUAUCGACUCCUCCGAGUGAUGGACGUGACGUCGCUGCAGGCGACACCAGCUGAGCUUGAAAAGAACGUGAGUGAUUACUUGAUCGUCGUCAAGCUGUCGCCUGGAAAUGCUGUCUUUGAAGGUCUCGUGCAGGUUUACGGCGACCACAGCACUGAGGUUAUGCAUAUCAGCCGUGUCAACAAGUACAAGGUACAGUCCUACUGCGCGCACACGCGCUGGCUUCGGAAAUAUUGCCACUGCCGCCGCACUCACGAAUUGCAGGUCUGAGUUUUGCGUUCCGUAGCGCGUUAGCUCGGCGAAGGUGAAAGAAAGUGAAAUGUAGAUCGAGAACUUCGCUACAGAUAUAUUUGGCAGAAAUAAAUUUUGCGAUAAUUUGCGAAGCGAA